AUUAAUUUGACAAGCAUGGAAGGUCCCGGAAGAGACUUUGUAGACCCAAUCGAUGAACCAGACAACCAAGACGAAAGCCCAUCUCAAUUGGAUGAAAGAUUUCAGCAGCCAAGCUCUGAGGGGCACCUAGACUUUGGGCAAGCAUCCUCAAUACCAGAAUUAUCAAUUUCAAACUCAAGCAUUUUACUAAGAGCAAUGACUUGGAAUCGAGAGUCCUACGGUCUAUUUGACUAUGAAUCCCAGAAUUUAAAAUGAAAAGACAUGCAGUUAUACAAGGAAGGUAUGAUUAUAAGAAAUUGAGCAGAAGUAUCCUACAGAGAUUCUUCUGAAGAGACUCCCAGCAAUAACCAAGGGGAGACUAUUCUGAUCAAAAUUAAGAAAUAGCAAUAACCUAAAAUACGAAAUGCAGCCUAUCAACACUAACCAGCCAAAUGAUAGGCUUUGGAUGGUCAUCAGGAACUUCAAAGAGGAAGGUUACAAAAUCAAAGAUCAUGACAUUAUUAAACUUGGAAGGAUGAAAUUCCGGGUGAAGGAAUUUCGUACGGAUACCCACUACUUCAAUGAAUUAGAUUCCGAAACUCCUCACCAAGGCUUCGAUGAAAUCAAAAAUAUUGAGGAUACAGAAGAUCUAUGCGACGAUGAUGAGAAAGAAGAGAACCCAGCAUGCAGGUUCUGAUGGAUUGCUGAUCAUACCAAAGAUAAUCCAAUAUUCAGGUCUUGAAAUUGUAAAGGAAGCAUCAAGUUUAUUCAUUUUCAAUGAAUAAAAGCUUGGAUCAUCUCAAAAGCCUCCGUUAAAGGGGAGGAUACCCACACAACUAUGAAUUGGAAACAAUUCGAAUGCGAAUUAUGUAAGAUGCCCUACCCUUACUGUUUCAAAUAUCUUGGAGAGAGAUGGAAUUUGGUCGAUUUAAAGCGCCCUAAAGAUAAUGAGACCCCUUUCAUAAUACUGGAAUCGCUAAACUCAGAAAAGAACUCCUCUCGUACAAUCCACACAGUCGUUAUUAAAUCAGAUAAGAGAAUUUUCCAGUUGGGAAGAGGCCAUGAUUCUGACCUGAGAAUCAAUGAUAUUUCAGUCUCACGGAGGCAUGCUGCUUUAGAAUACAGGGAAGAUGGAUUCUACAUUGUUGAUUACCAAAGCAAGUUUGGCACACUAGUCCUUGAGAGCGGAAAUGUUGAAAUAAAAGAAGAUACUCAUCAAACAAUUCAAGUUGGCCGCACAAUUAUUACAGUAAAAGUCAGAACUGAGUCCAAAGUUCCGGAAUUCUUGACUCAAAACAUGAGCAAAAACAAUCAGGUCAAGUUUGACCCAGAUUUUGAAGACAAGGAGUACAAAGUUAUCGAAAUUAAAGGAAAAAGGUAUUUAAUAAAACCAGAAUCUCCUAAUAAUGACCCCACCCCAAACGAAGAGUGCAUGGUCUUUGAAGAAGACCACAAGGAAGAAUAUGAGUAAUACAAGCAGUGAUUAAGAAAUAUUAAAUUAAGGGCAGUUGUUAGUUCAG